UUGUGACCGUCCAUCACCGGCCUGGACAAAUCAGCGGUCUGGUGCCUGCAGCGCGUGGUGGGCGGGGUCUCCGCUCCAGUCACUCUGCGGGCGCGUGCUGUCAUCCACACCUGGUGGUGGCCGUUGAUUACCUGGUGACGGUAACGUUACUUUUUUCCAUGUAGCGGCCGGACAAAAGCGAGAGAACAGCUGCGCUUUGAACUGGUGUCGCCUGGACCAGCCGGUAAGGGACGAUAUUUGGACGUUAUCUGGAGACCCGGGGUGGGGGACAGGAUGAAAACUGUUAAUGACGAUGGAGAGGUGACGGAGGUGUCCGUAAACCGAUUCACCAGAGAGGCGCCUCCCUCUGGGAUGUCCAAGAAUGGAUACUUCUUUCAAGAAAUGGAGCAGCGGGAGGUGGAGCAGGAGGAGGGCAGCGAGGGCCGAGAGGAGGGACAGGACUCGCCGAUCGCCUGCGGAGAUGACAUCCACCUCUAUGACAACCAGAUCAGCCCUGGGCCAGAUGCUGACGACUCUGGCUGCGUGUUACUGAACACAUCAAGAAGGUAUGUGAAGCUGAUGAACUUUGAAGAAGAAGUUCGGGCACACCGGGACCUCGAUGGCUUUCUGGCACGGGCGACCAUCCUGCUGGAUGAGACGGCCGCCUCCCUGGACGACGUUCUGAAGAGAAUGUUGCACCACGUGGGCCAGGACAGCCAUGCAUCCGAGCCCAGCUGCAACUUCGAGGAGGUGAUGAGCAUGCUUUUCACAGAUGCAGGAGCUCAGGAGGUCAACGUCCACCUGCUGUCAGAGACGAUCCAGGGGGUGACAGCCACCGCCACCGGAGUCCAGUACCAGCAGUCCUGGCUCUGCAUCCUCUGCAACGUGAAGCACCUCCAGAGGCGUCACGUGUGCAUCUCCCGCCUGGAGAGGCCGCAGAACUGGGGGGAGAACUGCUGCGAGGUCCGCUACGUCAUCCUGAUUCUGGCCCCGCUCAAAAUGAAAAGCACCAAGACGGCGAUGGAGCUGGGCAGGACGUUUGCCACCCUGUUCUCCGACAUCUCCUUCAGGCAGAAGCUGCUGGAGACGAAGACGCAGGAGGAGUUUAAGGAGGCGCUGGUGUUCCAGAGGCACCAGCUGACGGCGACCCACCAGCAGCCCACCGCUCUGGGGAAGGAGGAGACCGACCCCCGCAGUCACAAACCCCUCAAGUGUAAAGAUUUCUUCAAAGCCGGUCGGGGGAUUUAUGAGGACUUUUGCCGCAGGCUGCCUUUCUACCCCUCUGACUUCACAGAUGGUAUAGUUGGCAGUAAUAAAACCCUGCUGAAGUACAUGACCACAGCCAUCUUCCUCUACAUUGCCAUCCUCCUGCCCGCCAUCGCUUUUGGCUCCCUCAAUGACGAGAGCACACGUGGCGAGAUAGAUGUUCGGAAGACCAUCAUCGGCCAAAGCAUCGGCGGGGUCAUCUACUCGCUGUUCGCCGGCUCUCCUCUAGUCAUCCCUCUAACCACAGCUCCCCUCGCCAUCUUCAUCAGCGUGAUCCGAGGAAUCUGCGACGACUACAACCUGGACUUCCCAGCUUUCUACGCCUGCAUCGGUCUGUGGAACUGCCUGUUCCUCAUCCUCGGAGGGAUCUUCAAUGUCAGCCUGCUCAUGAAGCUCUUCAAAAGGUCGACGGAGGAGGUCAUCGCCCUCUUCAUUUCCAUUGCAUUUGUGGUGGAUGCUGUGAAAGGCACAGUCAAAAUCUUUCACAGGUACUACCACCCUCCAACGCUGGCUAACAGUAGCAUAGAGGACUUCCCUCAGGGUAGAGGCCCGCUCGGGGGAAACAGGAGCGAGGUGGCGGCUGGCUUGGCACUCAACGCGCUCCCUGAAUCCCUCAUCCAGUGCACUCGAGAGAGGCCCGUCCUCUGCCUCCUGCUGAUGCUCGGGACAUUAUGGAUGGGCUACACCCUCUACCAGUUCAAAAGGAGUCCGUUCCUGCAUGCCAAAGUGAGGGAGGUGCUGUCGGACUGCGCCCUGCCCAUCUCAGUGCUGCUGUUCUCCUUCAUAGGCUCCUACCUGUUCAGCGACAUUGAGCUUCCAGUCUUUAAAGUUCACGACCGGCCCGUCUUCAACGUGGCUCCGUUUGAGCGCCUGUCGGCCAUGAACAUCGUCAGCGCCAUGGGCCUCGGCUUCCUCCUGGCCCUCCUCAUCUUCAUCGACCAGAACAUUGUUGUCUCGCUGACCAACGCACCAGAAAACAGGUUGCUGAAGGGCACAGCGUAUCACUGGGACCUGAUGCUCUCCGGGCUCAUUAACAUACUGAUGUCGGUGCUGGGGUUGCCCUGGAUGCACGCCGCCUUCCCCCACUCCACCCUCCAUGUGCGCCAGCUGGCUUUCGUGGAGCAGCGUGUGGAGGGGGGGCACCUCUAUGAGACUAUCGUCCAGGUGAAGGAGACCCGGCUGACGUCUCUGACUGCCAACAUCUUCAUCGGCGUGUCGGUGCUCCUGCUGCCCCUCCCGCUGCAGUGGAUCCCCAAACCCGUCCUGUACGGCCUCUUCCUCUACAUCGCCCUCACCUCCAUCGACGGAAACCAGAUGUGCGACCGCAUGGCUCUCCUCCUGAAGGAGCAGACGUCUUACCCGCCCACCCACUACAUCCGCAAAGUGCCCCAGAGAAAGAUCCACUACUUCACCUUCCUGCAGAUGAUGCAGCUGCUGGUACUGUGUACGUUUGGCAUGUACCCGAUACCGUACAUGAAGAUGAUCUUCCCUCUGCUCAUGAUCCUGCUAAUUCCAAUCAGGAACAACGUGCUUCCUCAUAUCAUUGAGGCCAAAUACUUGGACAUAAUGGAUGCCCAACACAUGUAGCUACAGAUGGAGACAAGUCCCGGAUCUACAAAAAAGACGUCUAGAAUAAAAAAAAUAAAAGAGAAAGAGCGAGAGAGAGAGGGAGAGAAAGAAAUGAUCAUUUUAAAAAAAACGUAUUUUUCAAUGCAAAACUGUACGGACGCAAAAAAACAAAACUAAAACAAAACGGAAGGAGGAAAUAGCGACUGUUUUGAUUUUUGUAUCCGAUAAGAACAUUCUUACAGGUGAAGCACUGGAAAGGCGGGAAGUCGUGCGAGGAGGAGAGAUGAGAGCCGCAGGAAAUGUUUUCCAAACGUGGACAGACAGCAUCUCUCUGGGGACAAAGUUCUCCGGAAAAACUGGACGGCCCAGAACUCCCUGUUUCACCUCGGUUUGACCCUGUCAGUGCCAUGACGCCUCCAUGUUCUCCUCUCACACCUUUACAUUUUAUGGUAACAUUACUGCAGUGUAUUCAUCUGCUGAGCUAUGGCUAAGUGCUUAAAGUACUCACUAAUACUGUGUGAGGAAUAAAAAUGCUGCCAGUGUACAUUGUGGAGUACUUCGAUGGGUGUAGCGGCACAAUGUAAGCAUGAACAAUAUCUUUUUUCCGACACAUUGUGUUUUUACGCUGUCGUCCGGGUACAUUUUACACACUCGCACUGUGUUUAGAAGUACUUAAACACUUUUCCAUGGGCAAAACAGCUGAACACUGCAAAGUAACUCUUUACCUUUUGUAUUGCUGUCAUCGUGCAGUGUUGAAACCUUUACAUUCCUGCACCUUUUAGCUGUGAUUCCCCCUUUUUUUCUAUGAAGGACACUUGUGCUCGUGCAUACCGAGUUUGUAAGUCAAAUGUCAGUGUUCACUAGAGGAAAAGAGGAGGAAAAGGGAGCGUGUGUGUGCAUGUCUGUGUGUGUGUGUGUGUGUAUGUGUGUGUGUGUGUGUGUUACUAAUCUGUCCUUCAUGUAGCUUCCUGCCAGCUCUUUAGAAAUCAUUUUUAAGGUGGAAUAUAAAGACUCAAGAAUGAAUAAAGGCAUACAUUCCACGGGUAUAUAUUAUAUGUAAUUAUUUAGAACGACAGCACAAACCAAAACAUAUAGUGAAAUCUUUAUCAGAUGAUGAAUAUAUUAAAAUAUAUUAUGGCAAUAUACAAAAAAAAAAGGUAUUUUAGGUUAAAUAGAAUAUUUAUUUAUCAUGAUGGCAGUUUAUCUUUUAGAAAAUGGUCUCUUUUGUGUGUUUAGCCUGUUUUCUCCUCGACAUUCCACACUGUUUCUGAUUCUCGUAUUUUGAGUGGGUUGUCUUACGUCUGGCUUUUGCCGCAGUGUUUACAUAUCAAAGUCCACUCCAGCUCCAUGUCAAAGUCCAACACAGUUCUGGUGCAUUGCUAGCGAAGAUGAAAGUGAGGUAUAGGUGGGAAAUAAUAGAAUAAUACUAAGAAAAAGAGAGAAACGUUUGCAGGCUUUGGAUUCGACAAAAUGCAUCCCUUUUUUUCUUUUUUUGUGAAAAAGUCUUCAAAGAUGAGUUUUAGAAUAAUCUGGUCUUGUUUUCUAUUUAGAUGUUAUGAUUAGAUCAAUGCUUGCAAACGUUGUCAUGUAAUAAUCCAGACGUCUGGAAAGAUUAUCUUGUAACCUACAGUACAAAAUGGAAAAAAAAGAGCAUUUCUAGGCACUGGUUUGCAUAAAGCAUGACUCAUCUGGGUUUUUUGAUACGAUGUAAUGCCAACGGUCAUGUAUCCUACACAAGAAAAAAAAGUAGUAACUUCUCAAUAAUGCAAUGCUCAAUAUUCAGCAAUACUGUGUACAAAAACAGAACUUCAGCGGCGGGAUUUGGCCUCCCCAGCUAAGGCGGACCCGUCGGUCAAGCCAAGACGGGCCAGCUGUGUUUUUUAAGACAGCAACUUUUCAGUCCAUCCUCGUGGUACAAAAGCUGCUCUGUGCCGAUUCAAUUAUGGCACAGUCACAUAAAGGAAAGGAAAAAAAAUAAAAAACAAAAAAAAAGUUUGCCUGUCAGCGAGGCAUUCACUCACAGUAGAUUUAGUUGCUUUCCCAGUAUCCAAAUGGCAGCUCCCUCAUGCAGUUCUGUUCAACUUUGUCUUACAGAUGUGAGAAAGAUGUCCAAUUUAAGCAGAUGUCUCACGCCGAGAUAGCGAGGCGCAAAAGGAAAGCUCGGAAGCAUUUACAUAAUCCUCGGACUAAGUCUUAAGGCAGCACUAAUGAGAGAGGAAAGAGAUUGUGAGGUGGGAAGUAAUAUGUACAGUUUGCAAUGCAAAGUUUAGUUUCUAUCAACUCUCCAUUAUAAUCCAUGGCAAGGUAUUAGUUUCUAACUUUGGACUGAGUACAGAGGUUUAACCAUUCUUCUUCUUAUGUGACAGUAUUGUUGUUGUUCCUUGAUAUCUUCUCUGUGCUGAUGAUUUUGGAAUAGCAGCAAAUUUCUCUCAGAUGACCUAACAUUGGAUUCAGAGUGAAGGACAUCCUACUCUGUUUGUGAAACCUUGACUCCCCUCCUCCUGAUUGGAUUUGUUUGAAAUUGCGUACUGUGGUGUUUUGGUUUUUUUUAUUUUCUCUCGUUUUCUUUUCCUGAUUUCAUAUAUCCUACUUUUUCUAAUCAUGAAUGUAAGAUGUGUGGGUUUUUAUAUAGCAUAAUAAUUUAGGUGUCAAACAGAAUCUGUAAUUUUGUCAAAAAGAUCAGCUAUAUUUGUAAGCUGUAAUAUGUAAAAAUGAGAAAAAAAUGGUUAUCAAACAGAAUGUGUUGGUUUACUAUAGUAUAUAUACAGUAUACUGUACACUGAAAAAGAGAGACUAUCUCAAGCUGUUUGCCAAAUAAAAAGUAGUAGUGAUGUAAA